GAGGUGCGACCGGCGCUGGGCGGCUGAGGCUCCCGCACCGGGACCGGGACCGGGGCAGCUGUGGAGCCGGGAGAGCGUGCUGCUCGGGCUGUCGGCGUGCGCCCUCUCCGAAAGCCGGGCCCCUGGCCCCUGGGACACCAUGAACUACCUGAACGUGCUGGCCAAAGCCCUCUAUGACAACGUGGCUGAGUCCCCAGAUGAGCUCUCCUUCCGCAAAGGUGACAUCAUGACGGUGCUGGAGCGGGACACACAGGGCCUGGACGGCUGGUGGCUCUGCUCACUGCAUGGACGCCAAGGCAUCGUGCCUGGAAACCGACUCAAGAUCCUGGUGGGCAUGUAUGACAAGAAGCCAGCAGGGCCUGGACCUGGCCCACCUGCCACCCCAUCCCAGCCCCAACCCCAGCCGCAGCCUGGUCUUCCACAGGGCCUCCACACUGCAGUGCCCCCUACCUCCCAGUACGCACCCAUGCUCCCUGCCACGUCCCAGCCCCAGUCCGACAGUGUCUACCUUGUACCCACGCCCAGCAAGACUCAGCAAGGGCUCUACCAAUCGCCUGCGCCCAGUCCGCAGUUCCAGUCCCCCCCUGCCAAGCAGACAUCCACAUUCGCCAAACAGGCACCCCAUCACCCGUUUCCCAGCUCAGCUGCAGACCUCUACCAGGUGCCCCCGGGACCAGGAAGUCCUGCACAGGACAUUUACCAGGUGCCCCCUUCCGCUGGGAUGGGGCAUGACAUCUACCAGGUCCCCCCGUCCAUGGACGCACGCAGCUGGGAGGGAACGAAGCCACAGGCAAAGGUGGUGGUGCCCACCCGAGUUGGGCAGGGCUAUGUGUAUGAGGCCUCUCAGCCGGAGCAGGACGAGUAUGACACCCCGCGCCACCUGCUGGCCCCUGGGCCCCAGGACAUCUAUGAUGUGCCUCCUGUUCGGGGAUUGCUUCCCAACCAGUAUGGCCAGGAGGUAUAUGACACCCCUCCCAUGGCAGUCAAGGGUCCUAAUGGCCGAGACCCAUUGCUGGACGUGUACGAUGUGCCUCCCAGUGUGGAGAAGGGCCUGCAACCUUCCAGCCACCACGCGGUGUACGACAUCCCCCCAUCGGUGAGCAAGGACGUUCCUGACGGCCAGCUGCUGCGUGAGGAGACCUAUGAUGUGCCGCCUGCCUUUGCCAAGGCCAAGCCCUUCGACCCAGCCCGCCACCCCCUGGUCCUCACUGCUCCACCCCCAGACUCCCCACCUGCCGAGGAUGUGUAUGAUGUGCCUCCCCCCGCUCCCGACCUCUAUGACGUGCCCCCUGGCUUGAGGCGGCCAGGCCCUGGGACACUCUAUGAUGUGCCCCGGGAGCGGGCACCUCCUGAGGUGGCUGAUAGUGGCAUGCUUGAUGACGGGGUGUACUCUGUGCCCCCCCCAGCUGAGCGAGAAGGUCCAGCUGACGGCAAGCGUCUGUCAGCCUCCAGCACGGGCAGUACACGCAGCAGCCAGUCGGCCUCCUCGCUGGAGGCUGCCGUGCCAGGCCGGGAACCCAUGGAGCUUGAAGUGGCUGUGGAGGCCCUGGCUCGGCUGCAGCAUGGUGUGAGUGCCACUGUGGCCCACCUCCUGGACCUGGCAGGGAGUGCUGGCGGGGCUGGGGGCUUGCGUGGCAACACAGAGUCCCAGGAGCCACCGAAGCAGGACUUGCGGGCUGCAGUGGCCGCUGUCCAGGGGGCUGUGCACGAGCUGCUGGAGUUUGCCCGCAGUGCUGUGGGCAAUGCCACCCAUACUUCUGAUCGCACCCUGCAUGCCAAGCUCAGCCGACAACUGCAAAAGAUGGAAGAUGUGUACCAAACUCUGCUGGUACAUGGCCAGGCGCUUGAUAGUGGCCGGGGAGGCCUGGGGGCCACCCCUGAAGACCUGGACCGCCUCGUGGCCUGCUCCCGGGCUGUGCCUGAGGAUGCCAAGCAACUGGCUUCCUUCUUACAUGGUAACGCCUCGUUGCUCUUCAGACGGACCAAGGCCCCUGUCCCAGGGCCCGAUGGCAGUGGCCCACUGCACCCCAACCAUGUUGACAAGGCCAGCAGCAUUCAGUCACGGCCCCUGCCCUCCCCUCCCAAAUUCACCUCCCAGGACUCACCAGAUGGGCAGUACGAGAACAGUGAGGGAGGCUGGAUGGAAGAUUAUGACUACGUUCACCUGCAGGGCAAGGAAGAGUUUGAGAAGACACAGAAGGAGCUGCUGGAAAAGGGCAACAUCAUCCGGCAAGGGAAGGGCCAGCUGGAGCUGCAGCAGCUGAAGCAGUUUGAGUGCCUGGAGCAAGAGGUUUCGCGGCCCAUCGACCACGACCUGAGCAACUGGACACCGGCCCAACCCCUGGCACCGGGACGUGCGGGCGGCCUGGGGGCCUCGGACCGCCAGCUGCUGCUUUUCUACCUGGAGCAGUGCGAGGCCAACCUGACCACUCUGACCAACGCCGUGGACGCAUUCUUCACCGCCGUGGCCACCAACCAGCCACCCAAGAUCUUCGUGGCACACAGCAAGUUUGUCAUCCUCAGCGCCCACAAGCUGGUGUUCAUAGGGGACACGCUGUCACGGCAGGCCAAGGCUGCUGACGUGCGCAGCCAGGUCACGCACUAUAGCAACCUGCUCUGUGACCUCCUGCGUGGCAUCGUGGCCACCACAAAGGCUGCUGCCCUGCAGUACCCAUCACCCUCUGCAGCCCAAGACAUGGUGGACAGGGUCAAGGAGCUGGGCCACAGCACCCAGCAGUUCCGCCGAGUCCUGGGUCAGCUGGCAGCUGCUUGACACCGGAGAAUGAAGGCAGGGGAGGGGCCAGUGGUGGCCCAGGGCAUGCAGGCACUUGCCUUGCAAGGGGUGUGUGGCAGGCAUGGGGACAGGCCUCCCCGCUCUGCCUCAGGUGCAGCGCCCCGACCAUCUGGGGAGUGUGUGUAUUUAUGACAGGGCAGGCUGUGGACGGCGCUGCCUCAGGAGCGGGCUAGGGCCAGCUGUGCCAACAGCACACUACUGCCAGGAGGGACACCUUGCUGCCUGCGAGGACCCCAUCCUCAAAGCGCAGGUGGAGCCAGGCUCUCGGCCUUGCAGGGAGAAAACCCUAAACAACUAUUUUUCAUUAUUGAUUUUCCAAUCAUUUGACUAAUGAUCUACGUUUAAAUAAAAUUCUAAAAACUGAAAAA